UUUGAAGUCUUUUUUGAACCGGAAGUUAUUUUUCUCGCCUGCCCCUUCUUUCCUUCCUUCCAUGCUAGCUAGUGUUCUUAGUUAGCCAGCUAAACGAGCCCUUUAGACUUUGUUGUGUAGGUAUUAUGAGUAAAUUGACCGGUGCAAAAUUAGUUUAAUUUAGUUCCCUAAGCGUGAUUAGAGUCUAAUUACCGCCAUGAAUAUACGAAACGCGAGGCCGGAGGACCUUAUGAACAUGCAGCACUGUAAUUUGCUGUGUCUCCCAGAAAACUACCAGAUGAAAUAUUACUUUUAUCACGGAUUGUCCUGGCCUCAGCUCUCAUACAUUGCUGAAGAUGAAAAUGGUAAGAUUGUUGGAUACGUGCUGGCAAAGAUGGAGGAGGACCCAGAUGAUGUGCCUCAUGGACAUAUCACAUCCCUGGCAGUAAAGAGGUCCCACAGACGUCUUGGUCUGGCUCAGAAGCUGAUGGACCAGGCCAGCCGGGCCAUGAUAGAAAACUUUAAUGCUAAAUAUGUCUCGCUUCACGUUCGCAAAAGCAAUCGAGCAGCUCUGCACCUGUACUCAAACACACUGAAGUUUCAGAUUAGUGAAGUAGAGCCAAAAUAUUAUGCUGAUGGAGAGGACGCUUAUGCCAUGAAGAGAGACUUGGCUCACAUGGCUGAUGAGCUGAGAAAACCUGGAGUCCGUGUGUCGGGUCAAGACGCCUCAUCGGGCCAGAGCCCGUCAGGCCCCGGAGAUCAGGAGAGAGAAAGCGAGAGGGACAGCGGAGGAGAGAGCAAAGAGCUGAGUGAAGUCAGCGAGGCCACAGAAAGCACGGACGUUAAAGAUUCUUCCUCUGAUUCACAAUGACGCUGCAGUCGUAGGCAUUUUUAAAGGCUUCCUCUUUUAACCCAGCCCUUCAGCUGUUUUUGGUUUUACAGACUUGUCAGAGUUGCAUCUUCACUUUUUCUUAACUCUUUUAUGUUUGCUGUGGUGGAAUCGAAAUGGUGUGUGGAGUAAAUGAAACUAAAUGUACUGGUCUGAAUGUUUUUACUGGGUAGGUUUCAUACCUGAAAGCUCUGGAAAAUAAUUACAGUAAAGACAGCAUCAGAGUUUUGGUUUGGUGUCUCGGUUUGUUAAUAAAAAGUGACUUGAAAUAAAAAUUCUUAAACAUUUGACCUAGUCUGGUGAAAUUAUAAAUUACAGUAAGUGAAAUGAUAAGUAUUGCCACUUUUUAAAGUCUCAUACAGAUUAAAGUUUGAUGCACAAAGCUGA